GGAGCUAGGUGCCGGCAGGGCAGCCACACCCUGGGGCCCCCUGCUCAGGAGGGCAGCGGAUCGGGCUGGUGGGGGAAAGCCGCAAAACCCGCGGGACCCGACCUCCCGGCCCUAAAUCCGCGGUUCCCGCUUGCCCGCCAGUGAUCGGUUGCUACGUGACGCCAGCGCGCAGAGGCGCGUGCGCGGCCACGGCGGUGUGCGUGAGAGCGGACGCGCGCCGCGGCGGCGGCGAGGACGGCGGAGACGGCAGGGGCCGAGGGGGCGGUCGCUACGAGGUGGGUGCGGAGCGGGCGGAAGAGGCGUCUGUGCGGGCGGUGAGGUCGCAGAGGAACUUCGUGGGGAUCAACGACUAUCAUCUGUUCUACAAGAUGAGUAACAGCCACCCUCUUCGCCCCUUUACUGCAGUGGGGGAAAUUGAUCAUGUGCACAUUUUGUCUGAACAUAUUGGUGCCUUGUUGAUUGGGGAAGAAUAUGGCGACGUCACAUUUGUUGUGGAAAAGAAACGUUUUCCUGCCCACAGGGUAAUUUUAGCAGCAAGGUGCCAAUAUUUUCGAGCAUUACUAUAUGGUGGAAUGCGAGAAUCUCAGCCUGAAGCCGAAAUCCCUCUCCAAGACACCACUGCAGAAGCAUUCACGAUGCUACUUAAAUACAUCUACACUGGGCGGGCGACGCUUACAGAUGAGAAGGAGGAGGUGCUGCUGGACUUUUUGAGUCUGGCUCAUAAAUAUGGAUUUCCAGAGCUGGAGGAUUCUACCUCUGAGUACCUCUGCACCAUACUUAACAUUCAGAAUGUCUGUAUGACUUUUGAUGUUGCCAGUCUCUACUCCCUUCCCAAGUUAACGUCCAUGUGCUGCAUGUUUAUGGACAGAAAUGCUCAGGAGGUGCUCUCAAGCGAAGGCUUCCUCUCCCUUUCUAAGACAGCACUUUUAAACAUCGUAUUAAGAGAUUCAUUUGCAGCUCCCGAAAAAGAUAUCUUCCUAGCCUUGUUAAACUGGUGUAAGCAUAAUUCAAAGGAGAAUCAUGCUGAAAUCAUGCAGGCUGUCCGUUUGCCUCUGAUGAGCCUCACUGAACUUCUGAAUGUCGUGAGGCCUUCGGGACUGUUGUCUCCUGAUGCCAUUCUGGAUGCUAUUAAAGUUCGAUCAGAGAGCCGGGACAUGGACCUCAAUUAUAGAGGCAUGCUCAUACCAGAAGAAAACAUUGCAACUAUGAAAUAUGGAGCCCAGGUGGUAAAAGGGGAGCUGAAGUCUGCCUUAUUAGAUGGUGACACUCAAAAUUAUGAUUUGGAUCAUGGAUUUUCUAGGCACCCAAUUGAUGAUGACUGCCGUUCUGGCAUCGAGAUUAAGCUAGGUCAGCCGUCCAUUAUCAAUCAUAUACGGAUACUCCUGUGGGACCGAGAUAGCCGGUCUUAUUCAUACUUCAUUGAAGUCUCAAUGGAUGAACUUGAUUGGAUCAGAGUGAUUGAUCAUUCGCAAUAUCUGUGUCGUUCGUGGCAAAAGCUGUAUUUUCCAGCCCGUGUCUGCAGGUAUAUUCGAAUAGUUGGGACUCACAACACAGUGAAUAAGAUUUUUCACAUUGUGGCUUUUGAAUGUAUGUUUACAAACAAAACCUUCACUCUGGAGAAGGGGCUAUUAGUUCCCAUGGAGAACGUUGCAACAAUUGCUGAUUGUGCCAGUGUGAUUGAAGGAGUCAGUCGGAGCCGAAAUGCCUUGCUGAAUGGGGACACUAAGAACUAUGAUUGGGAUUCUGGCUAUACAUGUCAUCAGCUAGGAAGUGGUGCAAUUGUGGUUCAACUGGCACAGCCAUACAUGAUUGGGUCAAUACGGUUAUUACUGUGGGAUUGUGACGAUCGGAGCUAUAGCUACUACAUCGAGGUUUCCACCAACCAGCAGCAGUGGACCAUGGUAGCCGACAGAACUAAAGUCACCUGCAAGUCCUGGCAAUCAGUAACUUUUGAAAGACGGCCGGCCUCCUUCAUUCGAAUCGUUGGGACACACAACACAGCAAAUGAGGUGUUCCACUGCGUCCACUUUGAGUGUCCCGAGCAGCAGAGCAACCAGAAGGAGGAAAACAGCGAGCAAUCGGGGACAGGGGACACUAGCCCAGCCAGUCAGCAGCCCGACCCCCACGCCCUGCAGGCCCCCAGCGGCAACUCACUGCACUCCAGCCCAGGCUCCAACUCAUACUCAGCCAACCGGCAGCACCAAUAAAGGAGGCGCACGUGUGGAGUGACUCGGCUGGGCCCAGGUGGCACAGGAGCCGUGUCCUCCCCAAGCAGGGAUGCCUGUGGAUGCCUCCCCCCGCCCCCCCCCCGCCCCACGAGGAACGGACCUGGCUGCAGAAACACACAGGACAGGUUUCCUUCCAAGGACACAAAGGGGCUGCUUUGUUCUCCUCAGUUUGUUCAAAUCAGGCUGGUCUCCAGGGGGAGAAAGUGGGUCUUCAAUCUUCAUCAAGUCCAUUAACACCCUACCUCUCUAAUCUAACCCUGCAAAGACCACAGAAGGAAGUAAUAGGCCUGAGUCGGAAUACAAAGAUGGCACAUGAACACAGGAAUGGAAGAGAAUGUAUUAGGCCUUCCUUACCUGGAGGCACCCUGUAGGAAAUGGGUUUCCUUAGAGUGUUUACGUUUAUGGAACACAUUGCCCUGGCAACUAAAUAAUUUUUUAUUUCUUUUAGUUAUUCUCCAUUUGCUGAAUCAUAGGUUUUCCAGAUCUAUAUGAAAGGUUCAAACAGCAAAUCACUUGUUUUAAUCCCUUUU